ACAGAGCGGGGGACCAGAACCAUAUGGACUACACCAUUCUCAACAAGCUGCGUCAGGAGGGCAAGCUGUGUGAUGUGGUCAUCAAUGUGAAGGGAACCAAGCUGAACGGCCACAAGAUUGUCCUGUGUGCCUGCAGUACCUACUUCCGUAUCCUGUUCACAGGGGACUGGACCAACUCGCAAAAGAGGGUGUACAGCAUCCCCGGGGUGCUGCCGGAGAUGAUGAAGAUCAUCGUGGAGUACGCCUACACGCACUCCGUGGUGGUUACCAAGGACAACGUGGAGCGCCUGCUGCCGGCGGCGGACCAGCUGUGCGUCCUGGGCGUCGUGCAGGCCUGCGCAGACUUCCUGGAGGCCCAGCUGUGCACGCACAACUGCAUCGGCAUCUGGAGGUUCACCAACAUAUACUUCUGCCCCGAGCUUCGGCGCACGGCGUACCGCUUCAUCCUGCAGAACUUCGAGGAGGUCGGGCAGACCUCCCCGGAGUUCCUGGAGCUCACGCUGCCCGAGCUCUGCGACAUCGUCGAGAAGGACGACCUCACCGUCAAGCAGGAGGACAGAGUGUUCGACGCCGUCCUGCGCUGGACGGCGCACCUGCCCACCAAACGCAAGCCUCACCUGUCUCUGCUCCUGUCCAAGGUUCGCAUGGUCCUGAUGAACACCAGGUACUUAAUGAACAACCUGAUGAGCAGUCCAGUGAUGAAGGACAUUGAGUGCACGCCCAUUAUACUGAACACCCUGAGGACCAUCACCGCCUCCAGCGACACCAGUCCCAACUCCCCCCACCCCCAGCACCGCCCGCGCCUGCCCCACGCGGUCCUGCUGGCCAUCGGGGGCUGGAGCGGGAACAGGCCCACCAGCGUGGUGGAGUCCUACGACACGCAGGCCAACUGCUGGGUGACGGUGGCGCAGACGGAGAGCCCCCGGGCCUACCACGGCACCGUCUACCUGGACGGCUUCGUCUACUGCGUGGGCGGCUACGACGCCGUGGAGUUCUUCAGCGCCGUGUGCAAGUUCGACCCCGUGGCGCGCGGCUGGCACAAGGUGGCGCCCAUGCACUCGCGCCGCUGCUACGUGAGCGUGACCGUCCUGCGCGGCUGCAUCUACGCCAUGGGCGGCUUCGACGGCUACACCCGCCUCCGCUCCGCCGAGCGCUACGAACCCGCCACCAACCAGUGGAGCCUGAUCCCGCCCAUGAACGAGCAGAGGAGCGACGCCAGCGCCGCCACGCUGGACGGGAAGGUGUACGUCUGCGGUGGCUUCAAUGGGGAGAACUGCCUGUGCACAGCAGAGUACUACAGCCCCGACACCAACCAGUGGACCCUGAUCACCCCGAUGAAGACUCGCCGCAGCGGGCUGGGGGCCGUGACCCUCGGGGGGGAGGUCUAUGCGGUGGGCGGUUUCGACGGGGUCAGCCGGCUCCGGAGCGUGGAGGCGUACGACCCGCCGGCCGACGCCUGGCGCCCGGCGCCCGACAUGCUGGACACGCGCAGCAACUUCGGCGUGGCGGUGCUGGACGAGCGGCUGUUCGUGGCGGGCGGCUUCAACGGCUUCAGCACCGCCCUCUACGCCGAGCGCUUCGACCCGGAGGCCCGGCGAUGGGCCAGCGUCCGGCACAUGGGCGCCGCCCGCAGCGCCCUCGCCUGCUGCGCCGUCGCCGACCUGCCCAACGUCGCCGAGUACGCCGCCCCCCGCCUCUCCCCGCCAGCCCUCCCCCUGAGCGUCACCGUUACCUCCCACUGCACUUCAGGUGCGCAAACACAUUAACUUUCUGCAAAGCGCUGUACGCAGCGCAUUCUCCCAUAGCCUACUGCACCCAUGCACACGAACACAUUAACCUUCUGCAAAACUUUAUACGCAGGUUCCCUGAAUUCUGCACAAAUGCAUUUAUAACUUUUUUUUAAAAAUGAUGAAUGUGUAAAGUAAUUAUUGUCCACUCGUGGUAAUUUAGUUUGAAUUAUCCCUUAUUUAAAAUUCAGUUUAGUGGAGAUUGUGCGGGCACUGGCUAUGAUGUA